CUCAGUACUCCUGUAUCAAUGCCCUCCAUCUUUGCUGAUGUGUCGGUUGCUAUGAUACAGGAUCCUAGCAACACACAGUUCCUGUCUCAAGGAGGUAGUCAGGUGCAUGAACCACACACCAGUGCAUCAUUUUUGACUAAUGAAGGCGAAGCAGUAUUCAGUCUAGCCACCAAUGUGGGCAAUAUUUUGGUUGUUAAACUGCCACCAUUGGGCAUACAAGGUAUUGCAACCCAGCAUGAAUUGAGACUUGCCAGCAUGAUGCAACGAUUAUGGACAGGAUUAGUGCCUUCUAUGAUCAGAGGUGGGCAUGAGGCUUCCGAUGCAUCUCUGAGUUUAUGCAUUCAUCCCAUGCAGAAUGAUUUACUUAUAUUCUCUAUCUGUCGAGAUCAUAAAAUCAGAGUCUGGUCCUGUGUGAGCUAUGAAUGCAUUAUGGUGAGUGAUGUCUUAGAGCAUGUACCAGACAGUACAGACCUUCAGAGUGUACCAGCAAGAAAUCACAUGAUUCGUAAGUCUCUGACAGGUAAUGAUGCCAAUACGUUAUUACUAGCAGUCUAUCUUGGAUUUGAAGACAGAUCACAGUUUUGUGUGUUUCAACCCGUACUACAAGAUGGACAGUACAGUCUCUUAUCGGUUGCCUCUGUCUUCAUACACAAUGAUAACUUGGUAGACUUCAGUCUAACUAACACGCAGAUCUGGGCUGUCUUCACAACCACACAAGGAGAAACAGUAGUCAAGUACACAUCGUUUGAAGAUAGUGACGCAGGAUGGAAACCAGUUGUGUUGUCGUCUCUCAAUACAUCAGAUGUACCAAUACCACCAUACCAAGAUCCUGCAGAAGCCUACGUGCAGUUUUUGUUCCAUGAGAGUGGUUUCUCUCUACAAGCAAUAUCCAAGACUCUUAAUAUUUAUCAGCAAUCUGUGGACAGUAGAUUGGGAUCCAAUGUCUUACAACAAGCAGUUAUUUGUGCCAUGGAAAAUGAAGUACAAAAAGAAGUAGGCGGAUAUGAAUUACCUUUGGAGGAGUAUUAUCAACUCCAGCUGAAAUGUUGGAAGAAGUUUUGUUCCAAUUGUAGUCAGUAUCAAGAGGUUAUUUCUAAGCCAGCUGGUAUCCUAGUUGAUUCUAACACAGGGUUGGUUGGUCUUGUAAAAAGGUCUAAUUUAUCAUUACUAAGACCCAGUGAUGCUAUGGAACAUUUAUAUUUAUCACCUGGUAAUGGUUGUACAGCUGUGGAUCUAAGUGGUGCACCCCUCUAUUCUGAUGAUCCCCUCAUAAGUAAAGAUAUACUAACCAUUGGUGAGUGUGUACGGUUAGUGCGUCAGAAUAUCAGUGCUGAUAUGAAAAGUGGAUUUCAGUAUGAUAUAUUCCAGUCUGAGUCACCUGAGAAUAUAGCACUUCAGAUUGCUGGUGGUUUGUUUGUAGAGUCAAGUGCAGACACAUCACAAUCUACACAAACUGCUUCUCAGUUUAUCCAAGAUUUACAGAAUCGCAUCCAAGGUCUGAUGGAACCAGUGAGAGUUUUAUCUUCAUUGCUGGGCUGUAUUGAUGUUUCAGAAGGCCAACCAGAAGCCCUAUCAAUGGAAGAACCUUUUUUAGAUGCCGGCCGUCAUUUGACAUGUAGUCAUCUUUUUGCUAGCGAGAAUUCAGCAGUUAUUUUAUCUGAGAUUUUAAAACAGUCAAGUUUAUUGAGAUACCAAUUUUGCCGGGAUCUAUUGGUCUUGCUUUAUCUCAUGCAGAAGAUGGGCCAAAGGAUUUCUCUGAAUAAGGAAUGUAUUAGUAGUCUACAAACUGAUUUGAUUCCCAAGACAUCCACAUAUUUAUUAGCUUAUCAUAGUAUGUAUUGGACAUGUUGUUGCCAAGCAUCACAACCAGAAACUAACACCAUUGAAUCAAGUUUACGUCAGUUUACGGCCUUGGAGAUCACCGAAUCAUCAGCCAUCAGUGGAGCUCAGUACUCAGAUUCAUCUAGUGGUUCAUUGGUGGAGUUAUUUUUACAUGGAAUUGGUGGUACACAGUUACGGUGUGCUUUAGCUACGUCUGGACAUAUUGGUCAAGAAAGCAAUGAGACAUGGAAUGGCGUUAUACUGCCCUCUAUUGGUGUAUUAGCCAGACUUGUCUGGCCAAUCAGUAGCAGUUUUCUAUUCUGUGAGUUCUUACUUGGAAAAUGUCAAUUUCCACAAUUGCAGGAAUAUAUCCGGUUGUUGAAUGGUUGGUGUGAUUGGAAUGCUUCAUCACGGCAGUUUAUUCUGGGGCAGUGUUAUUUGAACAGUGAUGAACCCUACAAAGCUGUUGAUUGUUUCCAACUUGCUGCACAUGGUGUAGCAAAUGAGGAAUUUCUUCUGGAUAAACUGAUCCAAACAGAUGAUGGUGACACCAGGGCUUUGCAGAUCAUUUACUAUUUAAAGGUGUUACGAUUGUUGGAGCAGUUCAAUGUGCCUAAUUUGGUGAUCUCAUUGGCUAAGACCGCUCUCAGUAUGGCUGACAGUAAAAACCGUAAUAUUCCAACGCUGUGGUCCAAAAUUUUCAAGCACCAUCUGGAAUUAGGACACAAUCAAGAAGCAUAUGUUGCCAUGACAGCCAAUCCUGACCCAGUCAGACGAAAAGAUUGUCUUCGUCAGUUUAUAGUUGUAUUAUUUGAAAGAUGUCAGCUUCAACAGCUGUGUGAAUUCCCUUAUAUAGACCUUGAAGAUGAGGUUGUAAGCAUUGUUGAAUCCAGAGCUAGAUCAGUAGAUCUAAUGUUACAGAAUUAUUAUGAAUUUCUAUAUGCAUUCCAUGUGUACAGGGGCAACUAUAGGAAAGCUGGCAGUGUGAUGUACGAGUAUGGUCUACGUGCUGGACGAGAGGUGCCAGGAAUACAAGGAUUACAAAAACAAGCCAAGUGUUAUUUAUCAGCCAUCAAUUCAUUGCACCUGGUGGAUCCUAAUUAUGCGUGGAUUGUUAAACCAAUCAGCUUAGAGCAGGACCCAGUAGAUAUCGCUGGCAUGUCACCUAAGAGGAGCUAUGAUGGUGAACCAAUAGAAUAUUCAAAGUUUAAAAAACAAGUGAAAGUUGUUGAGCUGAAAGAUUUACAGAAAGAAUACAUGUUAGUAUCGGCUAGAUUAAAACUAUUUCAGUUUGAUCAUACUACUGGAUUAAUGACAGGUCCUUCAUUGUCAGCUGAUGAGACUGUUUCGUUACUAGUACAAGCUGGUCUAUUUGACACUGCUAUAUCUAUAUGCGGUACAUUUCAUUUGUCAUACAACAAUGUUUUUGAUGCGCUAUCUUCCAAGUGUAUUAGGAUUUCCCCUAUAAGCAGUGAUAGUGACGCCUGGAACUGGCUGAGUGCUAAUGACACAAGUCACCUACAUGCCACUACAGAAAUCAGGGCACGUGAAUUAGCAUGGAGAUUAUUAGAGUCCUACUUAGAGAAAUUAGACAGCAGUGGCAAAGAUGGGUAUCACAAAGUCGUGGUUAAUAAACUACUGUCAUUAGGUGUACCAUUACCAGCAUGGAUUGUACAUUCAUAUAAGAGGGUAAAUGCAGCUGAGUUACUGAGAUUGUAUAUAAAUUAUGAUUUAUUAGAAGAAGCUACUUAUCUCUCAGUGGAAUACAUUGAUGCUGUGCUCGGAAAAGGAAAGGAAUAUUUUGGUCUCAGGACUGGAUUACAGGCAGCAUCUACCAGUGUAUGGUUACCGUAUACAGCCAUGGACCAGUUACUAAAUGCACUCAGAGAAUCAGAAACAGAUUCACACUUUCAAAAUUUAUACCACAAACUGAAUGAUAAACUGAAGGCAUACAUCAACACAGUUGAAAUAGUAUCAAAGGAUAUGGAGGAUACAGCAAGGCGUCGUGCUAAGCAUGCUAUUAUGCAGUAGAAAAUCUAGUUUGUGAUGCCCAAAGAACAGUUCUGCAUAAUACAGUGAUGAUGCCCAAAAUGUAGUUGGAUACAGCAAGAUGUCAUUUUUAUUUGGAAGACUAUUGUGAUAGUAUUCAAUUUACUGAUAUGAACAUUGUUAAAUGUAUAUUAUAUUUCAUUCAAUAUAGUGAAUGAUACUAUUCAUAAUGAAGGCACAUCCUUCUACUUUGAAUCAGUUUUGGGGAUCUUUACGAUUAGGCUGUUGCAUCAUGCAGCAAUUCAACGAUUACUCCAGUACAACAUUCUGCAGAUCAACCAUAUUAUUUUGACAUCACUCUUUAGAAGACAUGACAUUUAUUAUCUUUAUAUAUAUGUACAUCCAUGUCAUAAGAAGCUUUGAUCUUUUUCUCACCUUGCUA